CGGAGGUUUCCAUCGUGUUGAUCUCUUUAUCGCAUGUUGCACGAUUCUCGGCCUGCACUCUUGUCGGCCACUGGGCGGGGGAAACAGAUCCCACGUUGAGCCCUAUUCCUGCGCCCUAUCCCUAAGCCCUCAUUUCUUCUCCUGGAAAUAGUUACCCCGUUUGUCAUCUCGGCGGCCAACCAUCAUGGCCGUCGCUCAAGCUCCCAGCUCUCCUGUCCAAAUAAAGACGGAGGGUCCCUCUUCCCCAGUCGACGAUGCGACGUCGAUCAACUCUACUCCCAAGGUGACACAUGCCCGCGACGACGAUGAGCCCCAUGGCCUUUCUCCUGCCAAUAAAAAACGGCGAACGGGUUCUGCCAGCGAGACCGCUUCGCCGAGCGCAGAGCAGGCUCCAGUUUUGAGCUCAGAACCGCGCCCAGACCAGAAUGCUCCGGCUCAAUCAGCACCGCCAUCUCAACUACCGGAGCCGAAGGCCCAUCCUGCCGACCAAAGUGGCCAACCUUCGGCAACAGAUGCUUCCAAUAAGAGCUCCUUCAGUGGGGAUGUUUCUGCACCUCCCCCGACACAGGCUCCAUCCGAGUCUAAUGUCCUGGAAACGAUAUCGUUCAUCAUGGACCAGCCGGGGAGCAUCGAAAACCAAUCUUCUUUGAAUAAGCGACUACAGGAGGCAAGCAAGUCAGCAAGCAUCAAUGCGGUUAAAUCAAACCCCGAUUGGAAGACAGAGAGUCUUCCCAUUCUCGAUAAUUUGGCAACCCAAAUUCUCUCCUUGUUAGCACGGUCGAGUUAUAAAGACAUCACGUCCAUAGUAUCUGAGCCGAAUUCAGAGAAUGGCCAUGCCUACUCUAGCAUGCGGUCACUUUUCGAUCAUGCCAAAAAGGUCUACUCAACCAACGGCCCUUUCCUAUCAGCAACACAACUAGGUUUCACCAAACCGGGCCAAAUUGAUAUUAUUCGAAAGGCGAAUAUGGCAUCUUUCGUUUCGAGUAUUUUCGGAACUCAGGGGAUUGGGUUUUCUGAACUCCACGAUCACUUCCUGGAGAUAUUCGUUCCUGAAGGAAGUCGACUUCUCAAAGGCCAAGGUGCUCUGUUCCUCGAGCUGAAGACACAGGCCUUUAUUGCCUCCAUGAACAACAGUGAGCAAGGUCGACGCGAGAUCCUCCGCAAUCUGUUCCCUGACGAUCUUGGACUGAAGCUCCUGGCAAGAAGACCGGGAAACAAACAACUUGCGCCGAGCGAAACCGACUUUGUGAAGCGGGCAUGGUCACGACGUGACAUACUUCUGGCCGAAAUAGAUAAUCCUGAGUCAGUCAGAACCUUGCCAGAAAGAUACCGCUGGGAAGAUUUCUUGAGAGAUUUGAGUUCUUACGUUAGCAAACAUUAUGACUCUACAACCACUCAGGCAAGCAAAGGUCCCUCUGUAGAGAGCGGAGAUGCUCCCUCACAGGCAGCGAAUCCACCCCCCGAACCACGUAAUAUGCCUCUUGAAACACAAUUCUCUAUAACCCCUAAUCCUCCCGAGGCCCCCAUCGAUCGUAGUGCUGGGCGAGUCGAUCUUGUUGCAAGAGCUGCUCGUGCAGCGCAAAUUGCCCUCCAGGGACAAGGGUUCCGACAUACGCCUCGACCAGUGAGCAACCCGAACCCACAGGCACCACAACAACCACAACAACCUCAGCAACCGUUCAAUCCACCUCCGCCCCAUGUGCAGCAUCAGCCAGCAACAGCCGCUCAACCGACUUUUCACUACACAACUGCUUCGCCGACACCCCGUCCUCCCCCGCAGCCGACGCAGGUCACCUUCCAUCAGAACCAGUUUCAUUUCCAACAGUAUAAUCCUCAGGCCGCAUCCGCCUCCUCCAGAGCCAAUGCCGCCGCGAAUUAUGGGUAUAUGCCUGGAAUUCCACAUUAUUCCCAGUCCCAACCCACCCAGAUUCUGUAUGAGCGAGCAAGGAUGGCGACAACUGCGAAAUCAUCUCCCACAAGCCGCCGAGCCGGGCUUCCUAGUCAGCGGCGUCCUUGGACCACUGAGGAAGAAAAUGCAUUGAUGGCAGGACUUGAUCGGGUGAAAGGCCCUCAUUGGAGUCAAAUUCUUGCCAUGUUUGGGCCAGGGGGCACAAUAAAUGAAGCAUUGAAAGAUCGCAACCAGGUCCAGCUCAAGGACAAAGCACGCAAUUUGAAAUUGUUCUUUUUGAAAAGUGGGAUUGAAGUGCCUUAUUAUCUAAAGUUCGUCACUGGAGAGCUCAAGACCCGUGCGCCAGCACAAGCCGCUAAGCAAGAAGCGAGAGAGCGAGAGCGGAGAAGAGGAGAAGAAGAUAAAGCGCACGUGGAAGGACUAGAGGGUAUGAUGGCCCUUGCAGGGGCCCAUCCUCCACAUAACCAGGGCGAGGCUGCUGCAACACCUAUGAAUAUAGCUACUCCACCGGCUUAUCCUCAGACUCAAGGACAGCAGCAGGCGACACUUGACCAGACCACUGAACAAGCCUUAAUUCAGAGACUCACACAGGAAACCAAAGCGGAGAGCUUGCAACCGCCUCCACAGCAAGGCCCAGUCGAUCCGUCCCUGCAACAUCGGGUUUAAAACAGUUGAUUUUCCAGUUUUCUACCUCGCAUUAACUCUUGGGAGAACAGACAUUUUUAUUUCUAGUUAUUUAUUAUCUUCUUUUUGUCGAAAUUUUGGGCAGGCCGGGUUUAUUAUAAAUUUUAUUUUAUGCAACAAGUUGGGAUGGUGGCAGCGUGGAGUUCGGGGAAGCUUUUAAAGGCAUUGCUUCAAGGCUUGCAGAGUAGUCCGAGAUACGUUGCGGUUUUACAUACAGUUUGGAAAUAGAGGAGGAGGAGAGUGAGGAGAAAAUACCAUUCUACUUAGAUAUUUC